UAAUAAUAAUAAUAAAAGAAGUGAUAUUUAGGUGUUGAUUGGUAUUGGUCACAAUAAGCAUCUCUUUCGGCGCUUUUCCCUUCAUCCCACCUGUCGUACAAUUUCUCUCUCCCAAACCCCCAAACCUCUCAAAAUGACCAAUUCGACGACUCAACGACGAAUCCCUAGCUUCGGCGGCGGCGGCGGCGGCGGCCCUGACGACACCGUGUGGGAGUGCGUCAUCCCCUACGCGCGUGACCGCGGCGCGGUGUCGCUGGUGUGCAAGCGCUGGUACGAGAUCGACGCCAUCACCCGCAAGCACGUCACCAUGGCGCUCUGCUACACCGCCACCCCGCAGCAGCUCUCGCGCCGCUUCCCCCAGCUGGAGUCGCUCAAGAUCAAGGGCAAGCCGCGCGCCGCCAUGUUCAACCUCAUCGGCGAGGACUGGGGCGGCUACGCGGCGCCCUGGGUGCAGGAGGUCACCAGAUCCUUCGCCAGGAUGAAGGCGCUGCACUUCCGGCGCAUGAUAGUGUCGGAUUCCGAUCUACAGCUGCUCGCCGCGUCGGCCGCCGGCGGCGUGCUCGAGGUCUUGAAGCUCGAUAGGUGCUCCGGUUUCAGUACGGACGGGCUCCGGCAUAUUGGACGCGCCUGCAGGAAUCUGAGAACUUUAUAUAUCGAAGAGAGCAUCAUAGCUGAGCAUGAUGGGGAGUGGCUGCAUCAGCUUGCUUCAAAUAAUACUGUUCUUGAAAACCUAAACUUUUUCAUGACUGAUCUCAAGAGUGUUAGAUCUGAAGACAUUGAGUUGCUAGCGAGGAGAUGCCCAUCUUUGACCUCCGUGAAAAUAAGUGAUUGUGAUAUUUCAAAGCUAGUUGAGUUUUUCAGAAAUGCGGGUUCACUGGAAGAGUUCGCUGGCGGCUCUGUAACUGAGCCGCUAGCUCAGAAUGGUGAAGUUAGUUCUUCCGAGCAAUUGGAAAGGUAUAGUUCAAUUUCGUUCCCCCCAAAAUUGUGCCGGUUGGGACUUACUUAUUUGGGAAGAGCAGAGCUGCCGAUCGUGUAUCCUAUUGCUGCAAAGCUUAAAAAGCUGGAUCUCCUUUAUGCCCUGCUCGACACAGAAGGCCACUGCCAGAUACUACAAAUAUGCCCAAAUUUGGAAGUUCUUGAGGCAAGAAAUGUUCUUGGAGAUAGGGGAUUGGAGGUUCUUGCUCGAUACUGUAAAAGCAUGAAAAGGCUUAGGAUAGAGCGAGGAGCUGAUGAACAAGAUAUGGAAGAUGUUGAAGGCGUGGUCUCACAGAGAGGACUAAUCGCUUUGGCUCAAGGUUGCCUUGAACUGGAAUACUUGGCAGUAUAUGUGUCGGAUAUUACAAAUGCAGCAUUGGAAUGCAUGGGUACACACUCAAAAAAUCUAUGUGACUUCCGGUUGGUCUUACUCGACAGAGAGGAAAGCAUAACAGAUUUGCCUCUUGACAAUGGAGUCCGAUCCCUGCUAGUAGGUUGCGAUAAACUCAUUAGGUUUGCCUUGUAUCUUCGUAAAGGAGGGUUGACAGACGUAGGCCUCGGUUACAUAGGUCAGUAUAGUCCUAAAGUGACAUGGAUGCUUCUCGGUUAUGUUGGGGAAUCUGAUGAAGGUCUUCUGGAGUUCUCCAAGGGUUGUCCGAGCCUUCAAAAGCUCGAAAUGAGAGGAUGUUGUUUCAGCGAACGUGCACUAGCCACGGCUGCUCUUCGGUUGUCUGCUCUUAGAUACUUGUGGGUGCAAGGAUACAUUGCAUCUGGAUCGGGUGAUGGUCGAGAUCUCUUAGCUAUGGCGAGGCCAAACUGGAAUAUCGAGUUGAUACCAGCUACGCGACACAUUGUUCACGAUGAACAGAGACAACGACUAGUAAUUGUCGAGGACCCUGCUCACAUUCUUGCUUACUAUUCCCUUGCAGGGCAAAGAACCGAUUUUCCGAGUACUGUCAUUCCUCUGGACCCUAGAGCUUUCCGCGAUCCCUAGAUCCGUCACACGACGUGGCGAUUGUGCUUGCCUGCUCUUCCUCGGUAACGUACUGUUUAUUAGCUCUGUUGCGCUGUCUGAUUACAUAAUUUUUUCUGUUAAAUUUUGAUUUCUUCAUUUGUGAUGAAGCAGACCAUGCCUGGGAUGCUUAUGGAGCUCUUGGUAGUGUUGACUGAUCUAUUAAGUCGAAUUUAAUUAAUGCAUACAUACUGUAAGUGUAAAUAAUUAGUUGUUGAUGAUCUCUUUCCACGUCUGAUUGUGUUAUGAAUGAAUAUCUGAUGUUAAAUUAUGAGUUAAUGGGGGUAUUGCCAAAA